GCAGCCGCCGAAGCUCCCUGCCUCAUCAGUGGCGUAGCAUCCGGGGUAACCUCCGCCGAAACGAAGGGCCUCAGAUCGCCGCACCAGUGGCGAAGGAGCCCGGGGACGAUCGCCGAAUCCGCCGGCCAUCUAUCGCCGAUCCGGUGGGAGAAUCCCGGCGAAUCGGUGCGAAAAGGAUUGCGCUCUAUCGCCGCACUGGCGGCGAGCCGAGGCGAACAGGUUCGCUUUCCAUCGCCGCACCAGUGGCGAACAACGUCUGGUGGCAUAGCCGCCGAAAGGGUUCGCUUUCGUCGCCGCACCAGUGACGAAAGAAUUCCAGGGUACCGCUGCCGUUCUGAACAGAAGUUCUUCGUCGCGGCGGGGCCAACCUCCGCCGAAUCAGAGGGCGCUCAAUCGCCGCACCCGUGGCGAAAUCCAGGUGGCGCAACUGCUGAAUUCGUUCAUCACUCGUCGCCGCAUCGGUGGCGAACAUUCGAAGGAGCAGCCGCCAACAAAUUCCAAUCGCCGCACCGGUGGCGAAGGUCCAGUGGGUCCGCCGCCAACUCCGAGGCAUCCGAGGAGGGGGAAGCAUGUUGCAACCUUGUGAAACGAUCGGUGGUAACGGGAAUGCGCCCGACGACGGCACCGGUUGUCGGAACCAACUGCUACACCGGGUACUGCGAGUUUGUCCAGUGCGUGCGACGCAUCAACGCCAACUCGCUGAUCAACAUGUGCAUCUUGCAAACGCUGGCCAACAAGGAUCUGAAUGUGGAGUCCCAACGGAUCGGAUUCUACGUCAAUGCGACCUCGUGCAUUCUAGCAAGGGCUCGAUGCAAUCCGUACAAUCCGAUUACGGGGGAGUUGCAGGCACCUCUGGGCCCUACCACACCUUUGGGGCUUCGAAGUACCGACAUCAUGGCCAACGCCCUUCAGGUGACGCCCUUGGGGGACAUCAGAAUUCUGGCCUUCCCGGUUAAGCUGAUGGCGUCGGAUCUGUUCUGCUCGUCACGAGCUGUGCUCGAUCAAUCCACCUUCGGGGAUUCGGUUUGCUAGGAGGACUAAACCAAGGAGAUUGGUCAUCAAAAUGCUCUCCCAAAAAAAAAGUGUUUGUAUUGGUUUUAAGGUUAUUUUAUUCACAUUCCUCCUUAUAGAUUGUCCUUAAUUUUAUCCAUUUUCAUGUACGAUAUGUCUGUCCCAUUUUAAUUCACUGUUUACUAAAUAAAAAGAAAGAUAAGAACCUGUCUAGAGUCGUUGUUUCAAAACAAUUUAUGUAAGUAUGUAGGUGGUACUACAAGAUGUCUUAAUAAUGUUGAUUUUUCUUUCGUUUACCUAAACUA